UCACCAUUGCGUAGUGGUAGACUCCUUCAAACAUACACAUCCUAGCCACUUUCUCUCUCCUGUCACCUCCUCCUCCCUCUUCCCCUUUCUCGCUCCUCUUCGUUUCUCCCUCUCCCUCCUCUUCGUUUCUCCCUCUCCCUCCUCUUCUUGGCCUGUUCUUUUAGGGUGCAUCAUAGAUGGAUGAUGGAUAGAUAAGAUGGAUAUGUUGUGUUCUCCUAGCUAGCUCUCUCUCGAGGAAACAUUCCCCACUUUGUGCCAAUUUUGUUUUUGUUAUUGCUAUUGAGAUUUUUAUCACUAAAUUAAACCAACCAUGGUACUUCUUCUUCUACCAUACCCCUCCUUUGUUAUCUAGCCUAGCUUAACCAAGCAAUAUAAUCCAUCCCCAUCUUCUCCUUCCCCUUGAGGCCAACGUCAUCUCCCUAUUUCUUUUCCCCAAAACCUACAAGUAGAGCACACCACCACCAACACAGCCUUAAGAAAAAGCAUGGAGAAAGAAUCAUUUUCCUAACAAGAUCACCAAACCCUCCAAGCUAGCUCAACCCCAACCUAGCUAGGUAGACGAAGCCAUGGAGUACAAGAGAUCAUCGCAUGUGGAGGAGGAGGAAGAGGAGGAGGAGGAGGAAGACGAGGAGGAAGAAGAGGAAGAGGAAGAGGAGGAGGAGGAGAAAGGGGGCCAUCACUACACCACUGCAGCAGCUGCACCCGUAGGUGCUCCGCAGCAGCAGGUGCGCAGCCAAGCUCUUGGCCUUGGCUCGUCUUCCUCGCACUCCUCCAUGAUGGAUUCUGCCGCCUUCUCGAGGCCCCUCCUGCCUCCCAACUCCUCCCUCGUCUCGCAGCCGCCGCUGCUCCCUCCCGGCUUCCUGCCGCCUCACCGCCAGCCCCAGCACCACCCGAGAAGGGCGGAGAGGGAGAGGGAGAGAGCUGGGAGCACCCAGCACCAGCUCCGGGAACAGGCGAAGAAUGGCGUUCUUGGCGGUGGCAGUGGCACCCCGCCCCAGCUGGCCUCUACGCUCGGCCUCACAACUGGCGGCGGCGCCGUGGGGGCGGAGACGGCGCAGUGGAGGUACCGGGAGUGCCUGCGGAACCACGCGGCUCGGCUGGGCGCGCACGUGCUCGACGGAUGCUGCGAGUUCAUGCCGUCCGCGGACGACGGGGCCGCCGCGCUGGCAUGCGCCGCCUGCGGCUGCCACCGCAGCUUCCACCGCCGCGAGGCGGUUCCCGGAGUUGCUGCCGCAGCGGCGGCGUCCCCCUCGGCGACGACCCACACCGGCGCUAACGCCAACUCCUCCCGUGUCAUGCCUCUCCUCCUGGCCCCGCCGCACAUGCGGACGCGCCCGCACGUACCCGCUUCCCCGUCGUCCGCUCCCGCCGCCCUGACCGAGUCCUCGAGCGAGGAGCUGCGCGGCCCCGCGCCCGCGCACCCGCCCUACGCGCAGGUGGCCAUUGGGUCGGCCUCCGCUACCCCGGCGCCGAGCAAGAAGCGGUUCCGGACCAAGUUCACGGUGGAGCAGAAGCAGCGGAUGCAGGAGUUCGCGCACCGCGUCGGGUGGCGCAUCCACAAGCCCGACGCCGACGCCGUCGACACCUUCUGCGCGCAGGUCGGCGUCUCCCGGCGCGUCCUCAAGGUGUGGAUGCACAACAACAAGCACCUCGCCAAGAUCCCGCCCACGUCCCCGUCCUCGCCGCCGCCACCGCACCACCAUGACCACCACCACCCCCCUCAUCCACCUCACCACCACCACCACCCUCCACCUCCUCCUCCUCACCACAACCAGCCGCCGCCGCCGCAGCACCAUGAUGCAUGAAUAACUGGGUAGCAGCAGUGCAAUGCGAGAGGAUGCAUUAGCUUAUUACCUUCUUUCUUUAUCCUUCUUCUUCCCUUGUAAUUUCAGUGACAUCCUGGUUGUCUUGUCAAGAAGUUAACUACUCAUGCAUCAGUUUAGGAGGCA